AUGUCGCAGAACUAUCUACCACCACACCAGCAUAUUACACCGCCUUCAAGCUUCGCAGAUCCGCCUCUAACGCCUCCGCCAAUCGACGAGAAGCCCUUCGGGCAAGUCCGACGGGUUAUCGCACUUUUCAAAGCCAAACGAGCUGGAAGGCACACCGAGCAAGGCCCGUGGACAGAGUUCCAGCUUGCGCCGGGAGAAUACGAUGAGCUAGAGCGCCAACUUGAUCGAGACGAGGCGCUGUCAGGAUACGUAAAGGACAAGAUACGGUAUGAUUACAACGUAGAAAGCCGUCGGCUUACCGUUCGCAUGCCGACCGGACUGCAUGAGCUCUUCAUUGACGGGGUUGAGGACGCGAUUCGAAGUCAGCUGAAAACAAUUCGUAGCGGCUCGGACAGGGCGGCCCGCUUCGCACAAAGAGUUCGCCCAGCCCGUUCGACUGAAAUAUACUUUCCAUUUGACGACGCUCCGGGUAGCACAAGGUCAAAGUGCGAGCCAGACGCCUCGUUUUGGCACCGUGACGCAGCAUGCCCUGGCGUCAUAAUUGAAGUCGCAUAUUCGCAAAAGAGAAAGCGGUUGGGCCGGCUAGCCGAAGACUAUCUUCUGGAUUCAGACGCGAACGGUUCGCGCAAGGCGGCCUUGUCAGUGUGGCGGACCUCUGUGUUCAAUACUCCUGAUGGGAACGAGCUGCGCGUGGUGCAAGAGCCUGCAGAUGAGACUUUCCGUGACGAGGAGGGAAACCCUACCGAUCAUCCAGGCUUGCGGUUGCACCUCAGCGAUUUCGCCUACGAAGAACUGGUGAAGGAUGAGAUUGGGGAUCAAGAUCCGGAAUUGAUCGUUUCUACCGAACAGCUUUGCCAAUACCUUACCGCAGCGGAAGUCAAGAUACACCAGAGGGGAUCGCUCAGCAAGGAUCCGCUCGCCCCUGGGAUCAAGAAGAGGAAGCGGUCAGAAACUCCUUCAGAAGAGAUUACCUCUGCCGACGAAGCAAUGUACGCUGAGGAGGAGAAGAGGGCAGCGAAGCGCAUGGCAGGGGUUGAUCCUGAUUACCAGGAUGGGUAA